AUGAACAGCGUCUUUGCGGACGAAUUCCGGAGAAAGAAGGGGCACAUUGCUGCCAGCGCAAAGCUCAACUUGGCGAUAGUCAUCCUGCUCAUAACAAACACCAUCAUUCUGGGGAUAGAGGUGGACGACCAGAGGUCAACCGCAGAAGUUGGUGGCAAAAUUGGGUUUGUUCUCCUUGAGAUUUUCUUCGCGACGGUCUUUAUCAUGGAAUGGCUGGUCCGACUUCACCAACAAAGAUACGAGUUCUUCCAUGAUGGCUGGAACGUAUUUGAUUUUAGUCUCGUGCUCAUGGGGUUCGGCGAUUUGAUGAUGACGUUGUUCCGCCCAGUUGCAGGCGUACAGCUGGCCAAGGCAUUUCGAGUUUUUCGUGGCCUACGAGUUGCCCGCAGUGUUAAGGGCGUCAAUGGCCUUGGGGGUCUUUGGUUCAUGAUCCAAGGCCUGCUGGACUCGUUCAAGGCUGUGGCUUUUGUUGCCUGCAUUGCGGCAGUCGUGCUGUACGUCUUUGCAGUGUCUCUGACCUCGGUGGUGGCCACAGAUCCUAUAGUUCUGACCUACUGGCCCAUGUCGCAGUUCUACUUCGGAACUAUAGGACAGUCAAUGAUGACUAUGCUGCAAGUUGCAACGUUAGAUAGCUGGGCAGCAGUGGUAACUCGCCCUCUGUUCGACUUGUCUCCUCCCGCGGUUGUGCUCUUGAUUCUGGGUGUGGUUCUGCUGUCCUUCGCUAUCUUCAAUCUGCUUGUGGCGGUUAUGGUCAAGCAAAUCACCACCCUGGCGUCUGAUAGCAAGGAGACCUCCGCGAGGAUGUUGGUCAACUCGGAGAGAUACGUCUUGCACCGCCUGUUGAUAGAAUUCGGCCGGUAUGAUCAGGACAACACCGGCUACCUUGGCCGCAGAGAGUUCAAGAAAAUGAUAAGGCAACCUGACGUGCUGGCAAAGUUGUCCCUGUUGGGCCUUCGCGUGGACGAAGCGGAAGA